ACCAGUUUGGUAAGUCCGGGACUUGAGUCCUCGAAACUAUCCGGAAUCGAUGAAGAGCAACAGUGCUGCAUGGUGCGUUCUGUUGAGCAUCAUCUGGAUGGGUCACUGCUGGAUAGCAACGGCAAUUCAACAGUAGAAUUGUCGCAUGGAGCGGUGCAGAGGCAAUCAUUUGUUUCAAUGGACAGUCCGUCGAACAGGGCUCGGCAUUCAGUGUCCAUGUGCGGUAUGACUUCCUCAUCGGCAUCGGACAGUGGCUGCAUGAUUGAAAGCGGUAGCUCGACGGCCACCACCGACGAGGAUUAUAAAGCAGUGCUAAGUAUUGACGAUGUUAGCUGUAUCAACAAUAAUAACAACAUUAUCAGCACUGGUCCAGAGGACAAACCUCCGUCCGUUUUCACAAAAGCACCCGGCAAGUUACUUUUUCCGUAG